AUGGCCUCCAGACCAAUGGGCUUCAGCUCGCAGUCCGCGACACCGCGACCAUUCGCCGGGCGCUCCAUCGCCGCCGUCGGCACCGGCCAGGAGCAGCGACAGCGCCAACCUCCGCCGCCGCCGCAGGUGUCGUCCAACGAGGACUACGCCGGCAUCCCCGACGAGGACCGUGAGCACAUUGACGAAGUGUUCGAUCUUAUGGACAUGAAGAAAAAGGGCUACCUCAACAGCUACGAGUUCCGCCACUCCCUCGCCGCGCUCGGAUUUGACCUUUCCAAGCCUCAAUACUACCGCGAGCUCGAGAGCUACGGCACCGUGCCGCCAGAUUGGCAGGACCGCGACUGCCCCGUUAACCGACUGCACCUAUAUCUCGAUCAGUUCCGCCUCUGCGCCUCUAAGCUUAUCGCUGGCCGCGACCCGCGCGAGGAGGCCGCCAAAGUCUUUGCCAUGUUCGAUUACGAUCAGGACGGCAUCAUCUCCGUCGACGACAUGCGCCAUCUCGCCCAGGACAUCAAAGAGGAUCGCAGCCUGACCGAAGAGGAGAUCCUCAGCAUGAUCGACCACCUCGACCAUGAGGGCAAAGGUGGCGUCAACCUCGACGAGUUUAUGCAGAUGAUGGAAGAGGCUGGCUAA